UCAGGCACCGAUGUCAAGGACGCACAGGUCAUCUGUGUCUCCACGGGAACCAAGUGUGUAAACGGCGAGUAUAUGAGCGACCGUGGCCUGGCGCUCAACGACUGUCACGCUGAAAUCAUCGCUCGCCGCUCUCUGAUCAGGUAUCUCUACAUGCAGCUGGAGCACUUCUUAAGUAACAAUAAAGAGGAGCACCAAAAGUCCAUAUUCGCGCAGUGUGACAAGCGUGGCUUCCGGCUGAAAGACAGUGUCCAGUUUCAUCUUUAUAUCAGCACAUCGCCCUGCGGAGACGCCCGGAUCUUCUCUCCUCACGAGGCGGGUGUAGAGGACCAGGGAGACAGACACCCAAACAGGAAGGCAAGGGGCCAGCUGAGGACCAAGAUCGAGUCUGGAGAGGGAACCAUCCCGGUGCGCUCUAGUAACACCAUACAGACGUGGGACGGAGUCCUGCAGGGCGAGCGGCUGCUUACGAUGUCAUGCAGUGACAAAAUCGCGAGGUGGAACGUGGUGGGCAUCCAGGGCUCUCUGAUGAGCUACUUCACUGAGCCCAUCUACUUCUCCAGCAUCAUCCUGGGCAGCCUGUAUCAUGCUGAUCAUCUCUCCAGAGCCAUGUACCAGCGGAUCGCUGACAUCGAAGACCUGCCCCAGCAAUUCUCCCUCAACCGCCCCCUGCUCAGCGGAAUCAGUAACGCCGAGGCCCGGCAGCCGGGAAAGGCUCCUAACUUCAGUGUGAACUGGACGGUGGGAGAUCAGGCUCUAGAAGUCAUUAACGCCACCACAGGCAAGGAUGACAUGGGCAGAGCCUCACGUCUCUGUAAGCAUGCCCUAUACAGCCGCUGGGUGCGACUACACUCUAAGCUUUCGUCAACUCUCCGAAUCAAAGUGCCCAAGCCCAGCUCGUACCACGAAGCCAAACAAGCAGCGGUGGAGUACCAUACAGCCAAGCAAACGCUCAUCAAGGCCUUUCACAAAGCGGGUCUGGGCGCCUGGGUGAAAAAACCCAUAGAACAGGACCAGUUCUCGCUGAACUCUUGAAAAGGGAACAUAAAAAGACCAGGACAUGACAACAACCAGCUGUUAAUACUUCACUUGAUGUGUUGGGAUGUGUGUGUGUGUGUGUGUGUGUGUGUGUGUGUGUGUGUGUGAGUGAUGCUGUUUGUUCUCAGACAAACCAAGAGCCCUUUAGUGUCUGUCAUUUUGCUCUCUUUGUGUGAAUCAUGACUGCCUUUUUAAUUUGUAAUGUAGAAUCAGAUUUUCAUCUAACAUAUGUUUGUUUUGAAGUUAGCGGCAUUAGCCUUCAGCAGAUAACAGGACGUAAUGUCAUUUGUAACUGGAAAAAUUUUGUUUUUUUUGAGAGAGAGGGUUGUUCUGAAAAAACCUCGAUGCCGUAAACGUACACGUUACUUGGCUUCAGGUCGACCACACCGCUGUGCACAGGUCUGAAGGUUUCCUGGUCCAGCCUACCCAAAUGCUGGCUAACCUUUUGAGCAUGGUUCUCCUUGAUAUGCAAAACAUAAGCAUAUUUAUAUUUUUUAUUCCGUUCCCUCUGGAUUUUAGAAGGGGAAGAAAUUCUAUCACAUAGAUCAUAACUAUACAGCAUGGUCCCUUUAGAUAGACAAACUUAUUUUGUCAGGACUUUAGUGUAGAAUUAGCGUACGCCGUCUUUCUAAUAAAAUAGAUUUCAGAUUUUAAUUUGACCUCGGAGGGAAACUUGAAUUUUUGCAUAUGGUUCCUACGUAAGCUGUAUUCCCAAACAGUGAUUUGAAUUGGAAAAUGGAGUAGUCUUAUGGAUGCAACCAAAGUGCAUUGAUGUUAUUAAACGAUGUGUCGUGGCUGUUGAGAUUUCUCAGAGGUCUUAAAUGCAUGUGCGAAUUACAUAAGGCUCAAAGAAAGCCCUUUAUUCUGGGUUUAAUACUUUACUGGCCUAUAAUGGACCAUUUUAGAAGCCCUACUUUUAGGUGUCUACACUGUAUUGACUUUAAGCUGCAUGGAGUCCAUCGGAUCACUCCGAUCACCAAACAGCAGAUUUCCCAGUGAACCUGGUCUGCUAAUGUGAUCGAGUUACACAUAUGUUAAAGGAAUAGUUCAUCCAAUUAUGAAAAUUCAAGAAAAUUCUUAAGCUUCGCAUAAGGAAAAGACCAAACCUGGACUCAUGAUCCAUUUGAAACGACAUGUAGUUGAGUCUAUUUCUGGAUGAGCUCUUCCUUCAACAUUCAUGCUGCAUUUAGUCACUGCAGGUUUGAGAGCAGGGCAUUGUGGGAGUUUUUCAAGAUGGCAGAAUGGUCUGUAAAAUGCACGUUUAUUAUUGACAAAAGCCAUCUCUGCAUGCGGAAGCGAGGGUUUGCAGAGGCGACUCUUGACUUUCACUUUAUCCUUGCGACUUGUUUGAGGAUUUUUUUUUAUUUCCUGCAUAGACCUGAAUGCCUACAUUCCUCCUCAGAGACGCUUCUGUAAGACUGAAUUCAGCUGUGUCCUUGAGGAUGAGGUUUCCCCUCUGCAGACUUGUGCUGUAGGAAGGUCUGAGCCAGGAGCUCAGGUGCUCUUUGAUAUAUGACUUAUCCAGUGCAGCAUGUUUGACUGGUAAGGUUAUUGAGAGCUGAGAAGCAGAAGUAUUUCUAUACCGAUCAUUCAUUUUUAAAGUUUGGCUUUGGUGGUUUUCAGAUUCCAGGAGUGUUGCUGUAUAAUAUAAACUCCUGAUGGGAUUUAUAACAUUUCAGUCAUAAUUUUACACUUAAAAA